AUGACCACAAUCACCACAGUCGGUUCAGCCAAACCGUUCUUGCGUCGAGGUGCUGUUCGCCAAAAGAACGUUCACGUAGUCAAAGAUCAUAAAUUUAUACCACGUUAUUUCAAGCAAUUAACAUUUUGUGCUCACUGUCGUGAUUUUAUUUGGGGUAUCGUCAGCAAGCAAGGUUUCCAAUGUCAGGAUUGUGGAUUUGCUGUACAUAAAAGAUGCCAUGAGUAUGUUUCUUUCCGUUGUCCUGGAGCAGAAUCAGCAAGCUCUACUCACUCGUCCCCGCAUAAAUUUAAAGUAUGGACCUAUGGUAGUCCAGCUUUUUGUGAGCACUGUGGUUCAUUGUUAUAUGGAUUAUUCCAUCAGGGACUAAAGUGUGAAAGUUGUGAUAUCAAUGUCCAUAAAAGAUGCAAGAAAUUUGUACCUAAUUUGUGUGGCUCAGAUCAUACAGAAAGAAGAGGUCGAAUUAACCUAUCAAUUCGCUAUCAGGAAACUAGUCCAACCGCUGGAAUGUUACUAGUUGAAGUGCGCGAAUGUAAGAAUCUCAUACCAAUGGAUCCUAACGGCUUAUCAGAUCCAUAUGUUAAGAUUAAAUUACUCCCUGAUCCUAACAAGAGUACGAAAAGGAAAACCCCAAUAUGCAAAGCGACUUUGAAUCCAAUUUUUAAUAUGAAAUUCGAUUUUUAUAUAACGGAGAAAGAUCAUGAACGACGCUUGAAUGUGAGUGUUUGGGAUUGGGACAAAUUUGGUGGAAAUGAAUUUAUGGGCGCUUUAUCAUUUGGAGUAUCAGAGCUAAUAAGACGCCCUGUUGAGGGUUGGUAUAAACUAUUAGAUCAAGGAGAAGGCGAAUUCUAUAAUGUCCCUAUAGCUGAUGAUGCAGCUGUAGCACUACAAGAGAAGUUUAAGUCACUUGAAAUGAGACCGAAACCUGCCCAGGUUAAACAUCUUAAUUUUCCCAAUUCGAGUCAGUUAACACGAAUGGAAGAUUUUGAAUUUCUAUCAGUUCUCGGCAAAGGAAGCUUUGGGAAGGUUUUACUAGCUCAAAAGAAAGGGACCGAAGAAGUUUAUGCUAUCAAAAUAUUAAAAAAAGAUGUUAUUGUUCAGGAUGAUGAUGUCGAAUGUGUUAUGGUAGAAAAGCGAGUUUUAGCAUUGUCAGGGCGACCUCCAUUUUUAACGUAUUUACAUUCUUGUUUUCAAACUGAGGAUCGUCUUUUGUUUGUUAUGGAAUUUGUUAAUGGAGGCGAUUUAAUGUAUCACAUUCAACAAGUCGGAAGAUUUAAGGAACCCCAAGCGGCGUUUUACGCGGCUGAAAUAGUUGUAGGAUUGCUGUAUUUACACUCUAAGGGAAUUAUUUACAGGGAUUUAAAACUCGAUAAUGUAAUGCUCGAUUCGGAUGGUCAUAUAAAAAUUGCCGAUUUUGGAAUGUGCAAGGAAGGGAUGACUCCUGGCAAGACCACAAGAACUUUCUGUGGAACUCCAGAUUAUAUUGCUCCUGAGAUUGUAGCUUACCAACCUUAUGGUAAAUCAGUUGAUUGGUGGGCUUUAGGUGUUUUAUUGUACGAGAUGUUAGCUGGUCAGCCUCCUUUUGAUGGCGAAGACGAAGACGAAUUAUUCAAUGCGAUCAUGGAACAUAGCAUUUCAUAUCCUCGAUGUUUGUCGAAAGAAGCUGUAUCAAUAAUUAAAGGAUUUUUAACAAAAAAUCCUGCCAAAAGACUUGGCUGUGGACCAAAUGGCGAAAGAGAUAUUAAAGAACAUCAAUUUUUCCGACGGAUUGACUGGGAAAAGCUAAGUAAUAGGGAAAUUCAACCUCCAUUCAAACCAAAAUGUAAAUCAUAUAAGUCAGCUGAUAAUUUUGAUCCAGAAUUUACGAAAGAAAGCAUAGCUCUGACUCCCACAGAUAAGACUAUUAUACAAAAUGUUGAUCAAUCCGAAUUUGAAGGCUUUAGCUUCGUUAAUCCUGAAUUUUCUGGCAAUGAGUAA